AUGCAGUCAUGGAAGCUCCCAUCAAAGAAACUUAGGCCAGACGGUAACGACCGGUCGACUACCCCGCUCCCAGCCUCGCGCUCGACGACGCCGAUGCCGCCCAUGGACGCCCAAUCCUCCUUCCGCUCUGGCACGCUCACCAUCCGCAUCUACUCGGGCCGCGGCCUCUCGCUGCCGCCGGGCGUCCCAGUGCCCGACGUCAUCCAGAAGGCCAUCGAGUCCCCGCCCAGAUCCUCCAUCUCCGGAAACAGGGAGUCCAUGCAGCGCCGCCGGUACUGGUGGCUGCCAUACGUCGUGCUCGAGUUUGAUAAGAACGAGAUCUUGAUCGACGCCAUGGGAGGCGAUCUCGCCAACCCAGUCUGGAACUACCGCGCAGACUUCGACGUCUCGCGCCAAUCCAACAUCGCCGUAUCCGCGUACCUGCGCACAACACAAAGCGUGCAAGGGCGCGAUGACAUGGGCAACGACCUGCUCAUGUCACGCGUCGACCUUCAGCCGACCCUCGACGCGCCACACGUAUCCGACCAAUGGUACUCCUCCCCGCUCGGCGCUUUCCACCUGGCGCUCUCUUUCAAUCCCACGCCGGCGACACAAGCGCUGACCAUAGACGCUUUCGAGCUGCUCAAGGUCAUCGGCAAGGGGUCAUUCGGCAAGGUCAUGCAGGUCCGGAAGAAGGACACCCAGCGUGUGUACGCCCUCAAGACGAUUCGGAAAGCCAACAUCGCAUCACGUCCUGGCGAGAUCACACAUAUUCUUGCCGAACGCACGGUCUUGGCGCUCGUGAACAACCCGUUCAUCGUGCCGCUCAAGUUCAGCUUCCAGAACCCGGACAAGCUCUACCUCGUCAUGUCCUUCGUCAACGGCGGCGAGCUGUUCUACCAUCUGCAGCGCGAGGGUCGGUUCGACGAGGGCCGCUCACGGUUCUAUGCUGCCGAGCUGCUGUGUGCACUUGAGCACUUGCACAUGUUCAACGUCGUUUAUCGCGAUUUGAAGCCGGAGAAUAUCCUGCUGGACUAUACUGGACAUAUUGCCCUGUGCGAUUUCGGCUUGUGCAAGCUCAACAUGUCCGAAACGGACAAGACCAACACGUUCUGCGGUACACCGGAGUACAUUGCACCGGAACUGCUCGAGUCGCAAGGUUACACCAAAACCGUCGACUGGUGGACGCUUGGAGUACUGCUCUAUGAGAUGAUGACUGGUCUACCUCCGUUCUAUGAUGAGAACGUGAAUAUCAUGUACCAGCGCAUCCUGCAAGACCCGCUUCAAUUCCCUCCCGACAUGCCCGUCGAAGCCCAAUCCCUCAUCGCCCAACUCCUCAAUCGCGAUCCAUCACGCCGUCUCGGCGCCAACGGUGGCGAAGAGAUCAAGCGCCACCCAUUCUUCUCUCGCCACAUCGACUGGGCACGGUUGGCAGCGAAGAAGAUCCAGCCGCCAUUCAAGCCGAGUGUGGAGAGCGCACUAGAUGUUGCGAACUUCGACCAGGAGUUCACGAGCGAGGCAGCUCAGGAUUCGGUCGUGCAGGAUAGCAGGCUGAGCGAGACCGUUCAGGAUCAGUUCCGCGGGUUUACGUAUAACCCUGCGGACGAGCACUUGAGCGAGAGCGUCAGCUACUCGACCAUGUAG